GGCUGGGCUGUAUUUUUAAGGAAGGACAACUGUCACUCCUGCGUGAUUGAGGCCACACAGCAAAAGGGACUGGUGGGCUGGGCUGGGCACAAAGCUCAGGAAAGCACUUGGAAGAUGUCCAGCAGAUUUUAUGGCAUAGAAAGAGCCAUGUGAGCACUGCUGUGAUGUAACACACCGCAGUGUGAGGCUGCCUUUGAUCCCAAUACAGGUAAACACCCCAGAACAAUCUGCUUUCACAUCAGGGUGAGGAGCUGCACCCUCAGAUGUGGAUGGUUCCUGCUGCACUCGCAGGUGGCUAAAACACCAGAAGCCCCUGGCAAAGACCACGAGAGCCAAGGGAAUGGAGGAGGCCCAAGCGAAGCUGGAGACCACCAACCCACCCCCCAGGUCGAGGAACCGGCCGCCUCCAGCUCCUCCCCUGGGCUCUCGCUUCGUGCCGGUUGUUGCCCACACUGGGGGCCGUCCCCUCAGCUCCUUCGACUUCGUGUUCUACCAGCCCGGGUGGUCCAACUCGCUGGCCCCGUUCUGCACGGCACAAAAACCCUUCUGCGGCUUCCGCUUCCAGGAGGGCACCGGCCACGGCCGGCGGCGCCUGGACGUGGAGAGCUCAGACACCAAGAAGUGGAGAUCCUUCCACGGCCCCAAGCCGGGAGCAGCCGAGCCCGGGCCAUAAAUAAAGCCAUAAAGCCCUGA